UUUCACCAACCAUAUGCACAAACUUCUUCAAACCACGGCAGCUCAUCGCGCUCAAUUCCUUAAUCUUCUCAACCGCGUUAUCUAUAGCUUCUGGCACACAAUUGCCCUUCCUUUCGUCGUUUCCUAACAUUUUGGAAAACGAUCGCGUUCAGUGUUCAGCGUUCAGCCCGAACGUCAGGUCAGAGUCUAAUAGAGGAACUAGACACCUCCCUCGUUGGGAUUAUAGUUUACUGGAUGAAGAUGCCCCCAAACAAACGAAAGAGGAUGUCGACCAGAUCAUCUAUGGAGGCUCCAUCAGCAAAGAAAGCAUGGAAACUACGAGGCCCUAACUUCUCUGCUCCCACCGAAAUGGUCACAUUUCUGAUUGGGCCGGAAGGCAAUGACGAGAAAUUCCCCGUCCACAAGGAAUUUGCUUGUCACCAUUCCCCGGUCCUCAAAGCCGCUUUCAACAGCAACUUCGUGGAAGGAGAGACCCAGACUUACCGUCUGGAGGAAAUCAGUACUUCCGCUUUUCGCUUGCUGGUUCAAUGGUUCUACAACGAGGAAUUCGAUAUCUUCAAAGAGGACGAUCUCGACUGUGAAAAUGACGAGGACGAUCCUGGAAUUGAGAAGCUCUGGGUGGAUCAAGAUUUGAACCUAAUUCAAUUAUGGAUCGUUGCCGACAAGCUGCUUAUUCGUCCGCUCCAGAACGCCGUCAUCAACGUGCUAGAAUAAUUUUGGGAAGAGCCAUUUGUGCCUCAUGGAGGACCCAGCACGGCUUGGAUUCCGUAUGCAUAUGAGCAUACGAUAGUCGGAAGCCCGCUUCG